AAGGCUUGCCAGAGGGCGGGCGUGACCAGCCAUGGCCGGGCAGCGCUUCCCAGUACCCCGGCUCGAGGGCGUUUCGCGGGAGCAGUUCAUGCAGCAUCUCUACCCACAGAGAAAACCUCUCGUGUUGGAAGGGAUUGAUUUGGGGGCAUGUACAAGCAAGUGGACAGUGGAUUACCUAAGCCAAGUUGGAGGAAAGAAAGAAGUAAAGAUUCAUGUUGCUGCAGUUGCACAGAUGGACUUCAUUAGUAAGAACUUUGUAUAUAGAACUUUACCUUUUGACGAGUUAGUUCAGAGGGCAGCUGAAGAAAAGCAUAAAGAAUUCUUUAUUUCUGAGGAUGAGAAAUACUACUUACGGUCACUUGGAGAAGACCCUAGAAAGGAUGUUGCAGAUAUCAGAAAGCAGUUUCCUUUACUGGAAGGAGAUAUUAAGUUUCCAAAAUUCUUCAAAGAGGAGCAGUUCUUUUCCAGUGUUUUUCGAAUUAGUUCACCAGGAUUACAACUUUGGACUCACUAUGAUGUAAUGGAUAACUUCUUAAUACAAGUGACAGGAAAAAAGCGUGUUGUACUCUUCAGUCCUCGAGAUGCCCAGUAUUUAUAUUUAUCAGGUACUAAAUCAGAAGUUCUGAAUAUAGAUAACCCAGAUGUGGCUAAAUAUCCACUCUUUUCCAAGGCUAGAAGAUACGAAUGUUCCCUUGAAGCUGGUGAUGUAUUAUUCAUUCCCGCUUUAUGGUUCCAUAAUGUAAUUUCUGAAGAGUUUGGAGUGGGAGUGAAUAUCUUUUGGAAGCACCUUCCAUCUGAAUGCUAUGAUAAAACGGAUACCUAUGGAAACAAAGAUCCUAUAGCAGCAUCAAGAGCUGCACAAAUUUUGGACAGAGCCUUAAAAACACUAGCUGAAUUACCAGAGGAAUACAGGGACUUCUAUGCAAGGCAAAUGGUCUUACACAUUCAAGACAAAGCCUACAGCAAGAACUUUGAGUAAAUAAUUAAGUGAAUGCAACAAAUAUAAACAUUUUAAUAAAAUUUAUUUAGCUCAAAUACUGGAAAAGUACAAAGAUAUAAAUUUUUAAAGAUACACUUUGUCAAAAUAGGGAAGAAAAAUCAAUUUCAAAUUUACAAAUUAAGUAAGUAUGAAGGAGUAUGUGUGGUAUCUACGUGAUACAGAUUAUUACAGAUUAAAGAAUACUAUAUGGGACCAUUAGCUUUCAGUUGCAAAUCACUAAAAAUCCAAUUUAAAAUGACUUAAACAAUAAGAAAAGAUAUUGAAUUUUGAUACAUGUAAUUUACUGAUAGAAUGGACUUCAGUGUUUCCAAUCCAGUAACUCAGUAAUGUCGUCAAGAACCUUGGGAGUCUUUUUUCCCUCUUUUCAAACACAGCACUGGCAUCAUCCUAAGGCUGGCUACCCUCGUGGUCAUGGGAUGAUUGCCAGUAGCAGUUGGGGCCUUGUGCAUCUUCAUUUACAUGCAGUGGAAGAGUCAGGCUGGAUUCCAGGGGCUCUGUCUUAAUAUGAGAAAGCUUUCCCAGAAUUCGCUUUCAAAUUUUUGGGUCUCAUUGCUUAAAAGUGCCUUACACCUGUCCACCUAUACAAGGCAGUUGGGUCUAGUGGAGCUAAGAAUAGAAUCCUCUUUCUUUGAGGUGUAUGAGGCAUAUAUGGGGGAAUGGAUAAUUUGUUUUAAAUCAGGUUUCUGAUAGGAAAGGAGAAAAGGUGGGCAACCAACAAUGUCUACUACAUUUGCCUAGCAUCUUUUUUUUUCUUUUUUCUAGAAUUAGAAUCUUUUGAUGAGCUUUUUUAAACAUGCAGGUGCCUAGACCACAACUUUGUAGACUUUGAUUCAGUAUGUUGGGUUUUGGUAUAGACUUCACAACGUAUUUCAAUGCAUAAUGAGGACUGAGAAUUAUUAGAUUUAAUGAUAGUGAUUUGAAUUAUUAGUUUUGUGAUUUGUCCAAAACAAAUGUUUGGUCUGAUCCUGGUCUGUCUUGUCACCCAAUGUCAGGUCUGUCCCUUUUUUUCGUUUUUGAAUGUGGGAAAAUAAAUCAGUUUUAAUUUAUACUUAUGUCUAAACCUUAACCUAAUUCAAGUUUUGCCCACUAGAUAUUUUUUUCACCUAUUCCUUUUUUAAAAGAAGAAUUUCUUGUUUUAAAGAAUGAAUAAAUGAGAGAUCCUAAUAGUCAUUGAAAACAGUGAGCCAUUGUGUGUGGAUCUGUGCUAUUCUUUGUUUUGCACCUAGUAAUUAUAUUGUAAUGUCACUGAAGAAAGACCAAAUAUAUUUACUGAACACAAAUGUGCCCAUCUAAAGCAAUCUCUGAGUACGUGAAUUUGGUACGUUUUAAUUAUGGAGAAAAUCAUUUUCUCUACUGAAGAUAAUCCACCCACUCAAGUCCUAUGUUUGGAGUUGGAUUAAUUUCAGGUAUAAAAAGCAAAUUAUAGUAAAUAAGGGAAAGUAUAUAAAAAAUUCUGAAUUUCCUAAGCAUCUUUGGAAAGAGAUAAUGAAGUUACUCAGGUCAACAAAGGUGAAAAAAGAGUCCAUCAGAAAAAGAAUUGUUUUAAUAUAUUAGCUAGAUCUAAUUGUCAGAUUUUGAUCUUUGAUUACUUCUUAAGCUAAGCAAAGAAUUUCUUUAAUGAUUCCUUUUCCUUCAUGAAGGAAGGAAAAAGAUAAAACCCCUUAGUUUGCACAGUACUUACAGUCAGCUUUUAAUAAAUCUUCCUUAGUUUUUUCUUUUUUUCUUAGCCAGUAAGAGAGAAUCUAUACAAAGUAUAAAUCUAGAGUCAUGUAGAAAACUUGGAAGUAAAACAGAUUACAAUUUGCCCACUGUGAAUAUUCAUUGUAAUUAAGUUGCACAGCGGGGAAGCAAAACUGGAUGACCUUAUUAUGCAAGUUAAAUAACUUUUAUGAAGCUUAUUUCCAUCUUUAAAAUAGAAUAUGUACUUCAUAGGAGAUAGUUCAAGGCUAUAAAAUGCAAGGGGAUAGGGAUAGUUCAAGGGCAGGUACAUAGUUGAUGGCUGGUGAUAGUUAUUCCAUUUAAUAAUAUACCCUCUUUGCUGAGAGAUUUGUUACAGUAUUAUAAUAUUUAGAAAGCUAAAGAUGACCCCUUUGGGAAGUUUUAAAUUUAUUUCCCUGGUCAUAAUUUUUAACGUUAGGGUCUAUGUAUUUUAGAUACAAAAUAUUUUAAUCUUUUUUGCCUACUGGGUUAAGACCAAAUGAGAUGUUUAUUUUUAAUGUAUAAAAUAUUAUGCAGUAUAUGUUAGCUGCAACUCCUCAGGAAUUCCA